AUGGGAGCAGAAAAUAUAAAGAACCACAUCAGGGCAACUAGUGAGCCUCUGGAUGGACGCCAGCUGUUAGAGAUAGUAAGCUAUAAAAUCAUUGGGGUUCACCAGGAGGACGAGCUGCUAGAAUGUUUAUCUCCGGCUGCCAGCCGCACCUUCAGAAUAGAGGAGAUCCCUUUGGACCAGGUGGAUUUGGACAAGGACAGUGAAAUGCUGAUCCCUGUCGCUCACUUCCACAAGGAAGUCUUCGGCACCUUUGGGAUCCCCUUCUUGCUCAAGAUCAGACAGGGCGAGUCAUUUCGGGAGGUGAUGAGGAGGAUCCAGACCAUGCUGGACAUUCAGGAGAAAGAAUUUGAGAAGUUCAAGUUUGCGAUUGUGAUGAUGGGACGGCAUCAGUACAUCACUGAGGACGAGUAUGAGGUCAACCUGAAGGACUUUGAACCACAGCCAGGUAACAUGUCCCACCCGCGCCCCUGGCUAGGGUUGGAUCAUUUCAACAAAGCUCCAAAGAGAGGUCGCUACACCUACCUGGAGAAAGCAAUCAAGAUCCACAACUAAAGCAGCCCGCCCUUCCUCUUUGUCCUCCUCAUCCUUCUUUUCCUCCUCCUCCUCCUCCUCCUGCUCCUCCUCCUGCUCCUGCUCCGCCUUCCUCCCUACCUACUUUAACACACCAUAACCACAGACUGUAACCAACCGUGUGUGUGUGUUUGUGUGUGAGAGACUGUGUGGGCGUGUGUGCGUGCGUGCUCGUGUGUGUGUGUGUGUUCAUCACUUUUAACACCCCGCCUGGACACCCCUACAGCUCUACACCGGCACUAUGUCUUCAGCGAUACGGAUCUUGCUGCAGCUGACGGAUUAUCCUUCAACACAAAAUAAACUGCACCAACCACCUCCUGGCUGUUGAUUUUGUUUAUUUUGUUUUUUGUUUUUUUUUCC